UGCGCAAACCCGAGCGGCGUAGCGGAUCGGUGAAAUGGGGAGAGGAUGCCGCGUUUUGCUGCUAGCCUUCGUGCUCUUCCUCACGUCACACUCGACGACGCCGGCGUCCGCUGCCACGAAGUCCUGUUUGCUUGUCUUGAGUGACCUGACCUCUUGGUCUGCUCUGAUCACUGGAGUCACCAACCAGUACAAGCUAUUGUAUCUCUUCAAGGAAAUCAGCGCUAUCGGGUUGCAGAUCGACGACAGCUUGUUCCCAGUCCUCAAACAGCUCCCCGGGGUUCUGGGUGUGAUCCCAGACAGGCUUCACAAGGUCCAAACGACGCAUUCCUGGGAGUUCCUCGGGCUGGAAAACGGUGCCGAGCCGAUGAACGAGUGGAAGUACGACGCCAAGUUCGGCGAGGGGGUCGUCAUUGGAAACGUCGACACCGGUGUAUCGCCGACAUCCGAAAGCUUCCGGGACGACGGCUUAGUCGCGCCGUCGGGGUGGUGUGGCAAAUGCGAUUCUGGCAAAGACUCCACCUUCCGCUGCAACAAAAAGUUGAUCGGCGCGAGGUUUUUCAACGCGGGCAUCCAGGUGCCGGAUUUCCUGGGCUCAGAGCCGGCGGAAGGCAAGCGGCUGAACCAGACUGAUCUGAACUCGCCGCGGGACUACGGCGGGCACGGCUCGCACACUCUGUCCACCGCUGGCGGCGGUUUCGCCCAGGGCGCCAGCGCCUUCGGCCGCGGGAAGGGCACGGCGAAGGGCGGCUCGCCGCGGGCGCGCGUGGCCUCGUACAAGGCGUGCUUCAUGGCGGGAUGCUCCAGCCUUGACAUCCUCGUGGCCAUAUUGGCGGCGGUCGAGGACGGCGUGCACGUGCUCUCGCUCUCGGUGGGCGCGCCGGCCGCGGACUACGCCGCCGACCUGAUGGCGAUCGGCACGCUUUACGCGGUCCAGAAGGGGGUCGCCGUCGUGGCCUCCGCCGGAAACUCGGGCCCGCAGCCAGGUUCGGUGAGCAAUCUGGCUCCCUGGAUCCUCACGGUCGGCGCAAGCACCAUGGACAGAGACUUCGCGGCGGAUGCCGUCUUCGGCAACAGCGCCGUCAAGGGACGAAGCCUCUCAGGUAGCACUCUGCCUGCCGGCCAGCCAUAUCCGAUGAUCAGCGGGCAGGACGCCUGCGCCGCCGACCAAUCCAUCGACAACUCGUCGCUGUGCUUUCCCGGUUCUCUGGACCCUGCCAAGGUGAGAGGCAAGAUAGUUGUGUGUACCAGGGGAGUGAACGGCAGAGUGGAGAAGGGGCUGGUAGUGAAGCAGGCCGGUGGCGUCGGGAUGGUCCUUUGCAACGUCGCCGGUGGAGACGCCGACAUCAUCGCCGACCCGCAUCUCGUUCCCGCGGUUCACUGCUCCUACUCACAGUGCCGGGAUCUCUUCAAGUACCUACAGUCCACCCAAUUCCCGGUCGGUUACAUCACAGCAAAGGACGAACUUGGCGUGAAGCCAGCGCCGGUGAUGGCAGACUUCUCGUCCCGUGGGCCAAACACCAUCACUCCUCAGAUCCUCAAGCCUGACGUUACGGCGCCCGGCGUCGACGUGAUCGCCGCGUACAGCGAGGAAGCUCCGGCAACGGACCUGCCUUUCGAGGACCGCCGUGUCCCCUACAACAUGGUGUCCGGCACCUCCAUGUCAUGCCCCCACGUGGCGGGCAUCGCCGGCCUGAUCAAGGCGAGGCACCCUGACUGGAGCCCCGCGAUGAUCAAGUCGGCGGUCAUGACCACCGCAUCCACCGGAGCCAACGACGCCGGCCAAAUCCGGGACGAGACCGGCGCGGCCGCCACCCCGUUCAGCUACGGCUCGGGGCACGUGAAUCCAGUCCGGGCUCUGGACCCCGGGCUGGUGUACGACACUACGCCAUACGACUACGCCAGCUUCCUCUGCUCCGUGAGGCCGACCCAGACGCAGAACCUGCUCCCCGUGUCGAUCCCAUUGCUCCUCCCUCUGUUCGUCGGCGCCAACGGCGACCCCUUCCGGUGCAGCCUUGGGGCCUACCGCCCCGAGAACCUCAACUACCCGUCCAUCUCCGCGGCCUGCCUCUCCUGCUCCGGCGCCACCACGGUGAAGCGCCGGGUGAGGAACGUGGGCGCGGAGCCGUGGCUCCCGUACAGUGUCGCCGUUGUGCAGCCAGCUGCGGGGGUCAGGAUCACGGUGCAGCCGAGCACGCUGAGCUUCGGUACAAUCGACGAGGAGAAGGAGUUCACGGUGAAGCUGGAGGUUUACGACACUGCCGCGGCCGGCGGCUACGUGUUCGGCAGCAUUGAGUGGUCGGACGGGAAGCACCGCGUCCGGAGCCCUGUCGUGGCCACCACCAAGUGCGGUUAAAGGUAGGGUGAUCGGGUGACGAGUGAGAUUAUUUCAAGCCGGAAUCGGCAAUCAAAAACACUUGUGGUGGCACGCUACAUUUUUUUUUUCCUUUUUCUUUUAAGAAUCAAGAGCUUUAUUGAUUUAAUCAGCAGGAAUACAUUCGUUCGUCACACAAACCGUGAUGAAAGUUGGAAUAUAAUUUAUCUAUAGACAUCGUCUUUUAAAGAAGUUAUAUGCACUGUUUAGCGCAAAGAUGUACUAACUCAUUCGCUUCUUUGAGAACGAAAGACAAAGCGAAACUCCU